AUGGAAAUGCAGAUAAUAAGGUUGGGGCGUCCUGUGAGCAGCAGGGAUGGGGUCGAGGUUGGAAAAUUGGUAGGUUUGGGUGAGUGGGGUUGGGCGCCCACAUGCACGGGUAAUCGGGUCAUCAAGGCGGAGCCAGGGGAGCGCAAGGAUGGUGGGGGUCCCGCGAGCCUGGGCUGGGUUUCCCGGGCGGGGGGCUCGGCGGCGGAUCCCGGGCGCCCCCUGGCGGCCCCGCUGCCGCCGCCGCCGCCACUGCUUCUCCCACAAUGCUCGCGUAGCCCGGCUUCGGCUACCCCGGCGGCAGCGGUGGCGGCCAAGAUGGCGCAGACGAUCUUCGAAGCCCUAGAGGGUGAGUGGCAACGGGGCCGAGAGAGGCGGCUGUUCCGCGUCAUGCCCCUCCCGCCGCGUCCUCCCAGCGCUGGGCCCAGGGCGCGCGGCGGCCGCGGGGCGGAAGGCGCUGGGGCCGGAACAGCUGCGGGGCGAGAGGGGGCAGACGGGAACAGCCGCGGGAGCAGUGACGGGGGGAGCAACGGGACCGGAACAGCCCUAGGAACCGAGGCGCGGCGGGGGGGGAAACGGGGCCGGAACAGCCCUGGGAGCCCAGGCACGGCGGGGGGGGGGAAGGAAAACGGGAUCGGAACAGCCUUGGGAGCCAAGGCGCGGCGGGGGGUAGGGGCGAGAACAGCCCUGGGAGUCGAGGCACUGCGGGGGCACCGGAAGCGGAACAGCCGCAGCCUGGAGGGCCUCGGGAUGGACAAUCAGACUGUUCUGGCUGUCCAGUCAUUGUUGGAUGGCCAAGGAGCAGUUCCCGAUCCCACAGGCCAGAGCGUCAAUGCGCCUCCUGCCAUCCAGCCAUUAGAUGAUGAGGAUGUCUUUCUCUGCGGGAAAUGUAAGAAGCAAUUCAACUCACUGCCAGCAUUUAUGACCCACAAGCGUGAACAGUGCCAAGGGAAUGCCCCGCCCUUGGCCACGGUCUCACUGGCCACCAAUAGCAUCUACACCCCUUCAGCAGCACCCACAGCGGUUCAACAGGCCCCACCUCCUACCAAUCGCCAGAUCUCCACGUACAUCACAGUACCCCCAUCCCCGCUGAUCCAGACCCUGGUGCAGGGCAACAUCUUGGUGAGUGAUGACGUGCUCCUGUCCGCCAUGUCAGCUUUCACAUCCCUGGACCAGCCCAUGCCGCAGGGCCCCCCGCCUGUACAGAGCAGCCUGAACAUGCAUCCUCCGCCCAGCUACCUUAGCCAGCCUCCGCCACCUCCUCCACCCCCUCCGCCACUGCCCCCACCCCCACCUCCCCAGCCCCCGCCGCCUCCACCCCAGAGCCUGGGCCCCCCUGGGCGUCCCAACCCUGGUGGGAAUGGCGUGGUAGAGGUGUACAGUGCCGCUGCACCCCUGGCUGGGACCGGAACGGUGGAGAUCCAGGCAUUGGGGAUGCAGCCCUACCCACCCCUGGAGGUGCCAAACCACUGUGUGGAGGCUCCAGUAUAUGCCACCCCCCCGGUGUACAGCCCAGGCAAACAGGGAUUCAAACCGAAAGGACCAAACCCGGCUGCCCCCAUGACCAGUGCCGCUGGGGGAACGGUGACCACCUUCAACUCUCCACCAACGCUGAAGACCCGACGGGCCAAAAGUGGCAGUGGGCUCCCAGAAGCUGCGGGGAAGCCAAAGGCUCAGAAACUCAAGUGCUCAUACUGUGACAAGUCAUUCACCAAAAACUUUGACCUGCAGCAGCAUAUCCGAAGCCACACCGGUGAGAAGCCAUUCCAAUGCAUUGCAUGUGGCCGUGCCUUUGCCCAGAAGUCUAAUGUCAAGAAACACAUGCAGACCCACAAGGUGUGGCCCCCAGGGCGCAGCGGUGGCACUGUGUCUCGGAACUCUGUGACCGUGCAGGUCAUGGCCCUGAACCCCAACAGGCAGGAGAACGAGGAAAGCACAGGAAGGUGUGUCAAAUGCGUCAACAAGUACUCCACCCCUGAGGCCCUCGAGCACCACCUACAGACUGCCACUCACAACUUCCCCUGCCCCCACUGCCAAAAGGUGUUUCCUUGCGAACGCUACCUGCGGCGUCACCUGCCCACCCAUGGCAGUGGGGGCAGGUUCAAGUGUCAGGUGUGCAAGAAGUUUUUCCGGCGGGAACACUACCUCAAGCUACAUGCUCAUAUCCACUCAGGUGAGAAGCCCUACAAAUGCUCAGUGUGUGAGUCUGCAUUCAACCGCAAGGACAAACUGAAGAGACACAUGUUGAUCCAUGAGCCAUUCAAGAAAUACAAAUGUCCCUUCUCGACACACAUGGGCUGCAGUAAGGAGUUCAACCGGCCGGACAAGCUGAAGGCCCACAUCCUCUCUCACUCUGGCAUGAAGCUCCACAAAUGCGCCCUGUGCAGCAAGUCCUUCAGCCGCCGCGCCCACCUCGCGGAGCACCAGCGCGCCCACACUGGCAACUACAAGUUCCGCUGUGCUGGCUGUGCCAAGGGCUUUUCCCGCCACAAGUACCUCAAGGAUCACCGCUGCCGCCUCGGGCCCCAAAAGGACAAGGACCUGCAAGCCCGGCGGCCCCCCCGGAGGAGGGCGGCCCCACGCGGCAGCGGCAGCAGUGGCGGGCGCAAGAUGGAGACCCCCCUGACUGACCCUCUGGGUCUAGAAGAACUGAAGGACGCAGGGGCUGCGGCGGUGCCUGAGGCUACCCCAGACAAGCCACCCUUUGCCGAGCCUGAUGCCGUACUGUCCAUCGUGGUGGGUGGCUCGGUGGGUGGAGAGCCCGAGCUGGUGGUGCCCGGGCAUGCCGAGGAGCUGGGCUCCAACCUGGCGCUUGCAGAGCUGCAGGCGGGGGCCGAGGGCCCGUGUGCCAUGCUUGCAGUGCCCGUAUACAUCCAGGCCUCGGAGUGA